AUGACUCUUCCCAUCAUCAUCUCAAACAACUUGUCGGAAACACAAGAAGCGAGAGUUGUCAAAGUGGUGAAGCAACAUAUAUUGGCGAUCGGUUGGCAAAUUUCGGACAUCCGAGGAAUUAGUCCCUCGGUGGUCAUGCACAAGAUCCACCUAGAAAAUGAGUCAAGAGCAUCGGCUCAAAGACAACGGCGUUUGAAUCCAAAUAUGAAGGAGGUCGUGCACAAAGAGAUAGUAAAACUUCUCCACGCCGGAAUUAUAUACCCCAUAUCCGAUAGUGCGUGGGUUAGUCCCAUCCAAUGCGUUCCAAAGAAAGGGGGGAUGACGGUGAUUGAGAACGAGAAGGAGAAAACAACUUUCACAUGUCCUUAUGGAACCUUUGCUUAUCGGAGAAUGCCAUUUGGUCUUUGUAAUGCACCGGCAACAUUUCAACGAUGUAUGACUUCCAUCUUCGCCGAUAUGAUUGAAGAUAUUAUGGAGGUCUUCAUGGAUGAUUUUUCGUGCCAUUUCAUGGUAGAAGAGGGAAUUGUCUUGGGACAUAAAAUCUCCAAGGACGGCAUUGAAGUAGAUAGAGCAAAAACGGAAAUCAUCGAGAAAUUACCACCACCAACUACCGUAAAAGGAGUUCGUGCCUUCUUAGGGCACGCCGGGUUUUAUCGACGAUUCAUCAAAAAUUUCUCUUCCAUUGCUCGUCCUUUAACUAAUUUGCUUGUUAAAGAUAUUCCUUAUGAAUUUACUAAUGAUUGCCUUGUUGCUUUUUCUAGGUUGAAGGAAGCCCUUAUCUCGGCCCCAAUUAUUUCAUCACCCGAUUGGACUCUUCCUUUCGAACUCAUGUGUGAUGCAAGCGAUAUAGCACUUGGGUGCGUAUUCGGGCAACGGAGGGAGAAAAAGCUUCACGUGAUAUACUAUGCGAGCCGAACAUUGGCGAAGUUUGACAUCGAAAUUCGCGACAAGAAAGGAACGGAGAACGUCGUCGCCGACCACUUGUCAAGGCUAGAGAUUCCGGAACCAAUUAUAAGUGGCGUAGAGAUUAAUGAAACGUUUCCGGAUGAGAUGUUGAUGGUACUUUCGGAAGUGGAAACGCCAUGGUAUGCGGAUAUCGCAAACUAUCUAUCUUCCGAAAUAAUGCCACCGGAUUUGACUUACCACCAAAGGAAGAAGUUCUUGAGCGAUGCUAAACGGUUUCUAUGGGAGGAACCGUACCUCUUCAAGGUGUAUGGAGAUGGGAUUUUGAGGAGAUGUGUACCACUACAAGAGAUGAUGCCUAUACUUAGUCAAUGCCAUUCCUCGGACUAUGCGGGCCACUAUGAUGAUGCAUUAUGGGCAUAUCGUACGACUUUUAAAACGCCCCUCGGAAUGUCUCCAUAUCGUAUUGUUUUUGGGAAAGCAUGCCAUCUUCCGGUGGAACUUGAACAUAGAGCGUAUUGGGCCAUUAAAAAGCUCAAUUUUGACCUUAAAGCGGCAGGGGAGAAACGUAUGCUUCAACUCAAUGAGUUGGACGAAUUUCGGUUAAAUGCCUAUGAAAACGCCAAGCUUUACAAAGAAAAGACGAAACGAUGGUAUAUAACAGAUUUCAGGAGGUUCUCGUUCGGAACAGAGCCUUUUCCGAACGGGACUAGGCAAAAUUUGCCUUUGUCCCGUUCGGGACAGGCUAUUCCCGUUCGAAACCCAUCCCCCAGCUGCCAUUUAUUUCGAACGUGA